AUGGUCGAGCACAUCACCAGGCCCAGGUGCAGCUCAUCACCUGAUGACGACGACCCCGCCUCGGACCAGAACCUGCCAGGAAGACAACAGCACACAAUUUGUUCAGGAAGCUGCCAGAGCUGCAGCUCUCUGAAGAUGGAGGAGCUCUGCUUUCCACAACUGCUCAACACCUCCUGCAGAAAGCCCACCUCUCCUUGGGCCAACUUUGUGCUCCUUAACAUUGUGCUGUACUUUAUCUCUCUGCUCACUGUGGCUCUUAACCUCCUUGUCAUCAUCUCAGUCUCCAACUUCAGGCAGCUCCACACACCCACCAACAUCCUCCUCCUUGCUCUGGCUGUCUCAGACUUUCUCGUGGGCCUCCUGGUGAUACCGGGAGAAGUCCUGCUAAAAACAUCCUGCUGGUUUCUUGGUGACCUCUUGUGUUUGCUCUAUAAUUAUGUGUCCUUCAUCAUUACGUCUUCUUCGAUAGGAGACAUGGUGCUCAUAUCAGUCGACCGCUAUGUGGCUAUUUGUGACCCUCUGCAUUACACCACCAGAGUCACUGUGAAAAGAGUUAAACUCUGUGUGUGUCUGUGUUGGCUCUGUGCUGUUUCUUACUGCAGUCUCUUGUUAAAGGAUGACCUGACUCAACCAGGCAGGUAUAAUUCCUGCCAUGGAGAGUGUGUGAUUGUCAUUAACCACACUGCAGGAGUUGUUGACCUUGUUGUAACCUUUAUUGUUCCCAUUUCUGCCAUUGUUGUUCUGUACAUGAGAGUAUUUGUUGUGGCUGUGUCUCAGGCUCGUGCCAUGCGCUCUCACAUCACAGCUGUCACUCUCCAGCUUUCAGUGAAUCAAAAAACAAAGAAAUCUGAGCUGAAAGCAGCCAGGACUCUUGGUGUUCUUGUAGUUGUGUUUCUAAUAUGUUUCUGCCCAUAUUACUGUGUCGCUCUUGCAGGUGAUGCCUUGGUCAGUUCUUCAUCUGCAUCCUUUGUGCUUUAUUUACUUUAUUUGAACUCAUGUCUAAAUCCAUUGAUCUAUGCCUUGUUUUAUUCCUGGUUUAGAAAAGCAGUUAAACUCAUUGUCAGUCUUCAGAUUCUGCAGCCUGGAUCCUGCUCCACCAACAUACUGUAG